AUGUCCGACCAGCCGCUCUACGAUGAGUUCGGCAACUACAUAGGGCCCGAUAGCGAUGUUGACGACGCCUCUGAUUACGAGAGCUCUGCUGGAGGCUCCGAAUACGGCGGGGAGGCAGCCGCGGCGGCUAGCCAAGAGGCAGUGCCGAUGGACACCACCGAAGACGGCGCCCCUGUCGAGCAGAGGAUCGUCUUGGCGGAGGACAAGAAGCAUUAUCCCGAUGCCGAUGAAGUCUAUCCAGAGGCUGAAGUCGUAUUCCAAGAUGAAGAUACCCAACCGUUGACCCAACCUAUCAUUGCCCCUACAAAGACCUUUGACUUUGAUAAGCUGGAGAAGGAGGUCCCGGAACUGGUUUAUGAUUAUCAUUUCCUAGCGGGUCUGAUGGAGCACCCCAGCCUCAUCAGAAACGUCGCUGUUGUCGGUGGCCUCCAUUCGGGGAAGACUCUGCUGUGUGAUUUGCUGGUCUCCCACACGUGGGCUGACAGGAAUAAGAAGCUCGGGAAUCUCGAUAAGGAGGUCAAAUACACCAAUUUUAGAGGAGAUGAGAUUGCCAGAGACAUCACGAUCAAGUCGACUCCGCUUUCGUUGGUCCUCACUGAUACCAACGAGAAGAACUACCUCAUCAACGUGGUUGAUACUCCCGGCCACCCAAACUUCCAAGAUGAAGUCACUGCCGCCUUGAGGGUGUCCGAUGGGGCGAUACUUGUGGUGGAUUGUGUAAUGGGAGUUACCGAUCACACCAAGCGCCUGGUCAAGCAUAUGCUUUCCGAAGGACCGAAGAUGAAGUUCGUAGUGGUCUUGUCUCAACUCGAUCGUCUUGUUGUCGAGCUGCGAUUGCCCCCUGAGGAUGCAUACUUCAAACUGAGGUAUGUGAUACAGGAGCUCAACAGCUAUAUCAGAGAAGAAUGCGAGCUGAUGGGCUUGGACAAGGACGACUACGUGGUGUCUCCCAUCAGAGGCAAUCUCGCCUUUGCCAGUGGGCUCUACCAGUUCGUCUUUACUACCUACUCGUUCGCUAAGUACUAUCCGCACCAAGUUAACGAGUGUGCUAGACGGUUGGCACGGGGCAUGUGGGGUGAUGUAUGGCGCGACAAGAAGACAGGACAGUUCGUGAAGUCCCCGCCCAAGGACCAAGGGGAGGUUCAACGCACCUUCGUCGAGUUCUUCCUAGUGCCACUGUAUAAGAUGAUCGGUCAUACUAUUGGCGAGGAGCAGGAGUCUUUACAAGUGACCCUAGGGGAUGUUGGCAUCUAUCUAUCUCAGAAGGAUUAUUACGCUAAGUCCACUAAGUCCCUUCUCAAGAAGGUUCUGUCGCAGUUCUUCGGCGGUCCUCAGCCGCUCAUCGACCAGAUCGUAGCGAAGCUCCCGAGCCCUCAGGAGAAUGCUGCUAAUAAGAUCUCCAAGAUCUACUCUGGCAAUCAGACUAGUCAGAUCGCUGAUGACAUGCGCAACCUCCGUGCCAACGGGGAGCUGCUGGUCCACACCUCGAAGAACUAUCACAGGUCCGACAUGUCCGGCUUUGACCUCUUCGGUAGAGUCAUGUCUGGCACCUUACGAGUUGGGGAUAAGGUUAAAGUGCUAGGAGAGCGCUAUACGUUGGACGAUCCUGAGGACUCCAAGGUUGAGACAAUCGAGCAGCUAUGGAUAUAUGAGGGAAGGUACCGCGUUGAGGUAUCUCAUGUGCCUGCAGGCAACUGGGUCCUCAUUGGAGGAUCAUUGGAUUCGGCUGUAGUCAAGACAAGUACAAUAAUAGCUGCAGACAAUACAGAUGAUGUGGAGAUCUGUCGGCCUCUAAAGUUCGCGACUACUGGUUCUGUUAAGAUUGCCUGCGAGCCGCUCAAUCCGUCAGAGCUUCCUAAAAUGCUCGAAGGGCUUAUGAAGAUCGACAGGUCCUUCCCGCUCGUACAGUGCAAGGUGGAGGAGUCGGGAGAGCACGUUAUCAUCGGCACUGGCGAACUCUACUUGGACGUUAUACUACAUGACUUGAGGAAGCUGUAUGGCGAUAUCGAAAUCAAGGUCUCGGAUCCUGUGGUUCCCUUUUGUGAGACGGUGAUAGAAACCUCACAGUUCAAGUGCUCAGCGGAGAGUACCAAUAAGCAGGCCAAGCUUUACAUGAUUGCUGAGCCGCUGGAGAAGGGGAUAGCAGAAGCGAUUGAGUCUGGUGUUGUGACGGGUCUUACUCCUACGAAGGAGAGGGCGGAUAUCUUCGGCAAGCAGUUCGGCUGGGAUAAGCUUGCUGCCAGGAACAUUUGGGCUUUCGGAGCUGACCCUAUCCACGGCACUAAUGUGAUCCUCAAUGAGACGCUCGCGACUGAUGCGGAGGCUAGGAACUCCCUCAACUUGAUUCGGGACAGUGUUGUGUCGGGCUUCCAGUGGGCGACUCGAGAAGGCCCUCUCUGUGAGGAUAACGUUCGCAACGUCAAGUUCAAGCUAUUGGAUGUGGUCACCACGAAUGUGACAGCUGGCGGUAUCGGUCUCGGAUCGGGUCAGAUCAUCCCAGUAGCCCGACGAGUGGCCUACAGUAGUAUGCUAAUGGCCACGCCCAGGUUGAUGGAGCCGAUGAUGUUCGCCGAGAUAGACUGCCCAGCUGACUGUGUCUCGGCUGUCUAUACCGUCCUGUCCCGUCGUAGAGGACAUGUCCUUAAGGAUGUCCCUCGACCCGGCACUCCUCUCUUCUGCGUCUACGCCUACAUUCCCUCGAUUGAGACCUUCGGCUUCGAGACAGAUCUCCGAACACAUACUUCUGGCCAAGCAUUCGGCACUACAGUCUUUGACCACUGGUCGGUGGUGCCAGGCGACCCGCUAGACUCGUCUAUAAUACUGCGUCCUCUAGAGCCGGCACCACAGCCGCAUCUGGCUAGGGAGUUCGUGAUCAAGACUCGCCGUCGUAAGGGCAUCGGUGAAGAUAUCAACGCCCAUAAGUACUUCGACGAUCCGGAGCUGGUCCAGCGCCUCCAGGCGGAAGAUGCAACGGCUGCUGAUGUAUUCUGA